AUGUCCACGGCCAUCGAACUCACCGGUGCGUCGUUGCUGGACAAGUUGCGUCGUCUCCCUGGUAUUUCUGACAACGAUGCCGCAUACAACGCUGUUGUGGCAGUGGGGCAGAUUGCAUAUGCGGAAAGCUCUAAGUGGGAUCGUAUGAAUGAUCAAGUUGCGGUUGUUAUAUGA